GAUAGGGAUCCCAGCGUUGUCUUUCCAUUCAUCGCCAAUUUCAGUAGUGUGUGUGUGUGUGUGAGAGCAAGCACCGCUGCUUCCUAUAUGCCUUAAAGAAGUUUUUGUAGCUAAUGACCUCAUCGUCGACGGGGCAUUAAACCCUGUCUUCCUUGUAUAUGUGAUAUUAAUUCUCAUCUUAUAUACUAUUAUGUUUGACGAAUAAUUGGAUGAUGUUAAGUCCCAUAGUGCUCAGAGCCAUUUUGAGUCAGUAAUUGGAUUUGGAACUGUCAGUCGAAUUUUUGUUCCGUUUGACAUAUGAGGCAGUGUUGUGGUGCAUUCCAUUGACAGAAUAAGUAAUGGGCAGUACUGCGAACAAGAGAAAAAGCUAUUUACGGCGAAAUUCAUUAAGCAGUGUUCCCGUCCUAAGGAACACAUCUCCUUGUUUACGUAUUUCACUAGCUUCAAAAUGGCGAUAAGUUGAUGACGCUGUGUAUAUUUGAGGAGGAAUGACAGCAGAGUGGAUCAUGACGACUCAAACCUGUCGCCGCAUAACGGUAGGACAAAAUUUGUAACACAAACGAAAAGGAUAUUCUAGUGGAAAUAUGUUCAGUUCUUUCAAGGGGCCGGCUAAUGUACGUGAUAAACAGCCGGCGUUCGAAAAUUUUGGCGAACGUCAGUUUGCAAAUUUUGACGAAACAAAACACGCUCCUGCGCCAGUGUGGAACGUACAUUCUCAGUCCUAUAACAAUGUCCGUAUUUACCCCGGAGAUCAGCUGAACAUCAAACUGCAGACUCUUGCUGCACACAAUCAAACUGUGAUACCUGAACAGAGAACAAGUUCCCAUAAUAAUGCGCUUCAGUGUCCGUAUCCAAAUAAUAAUCAGACUGUUGUAAGGCCAACUGCAGUGAUUAAUUGCCACUCAAACGGAACUUCAUGCUGUGGUCAUCCUAAUCGAGUGCCUCAUCACUGGAAUCCUGUGCCUCCUAAUGUGCCUCCACCAAGACAUUUUGUAGAUAAUAUAAGUUUGUAUAACAAUCACAGUAAUUUGAGUAAUGAGGAUUAUAGAUUUAGAACAGACACAUACUAUGCUCCAAUUAAUAAGCAGGUGCUGAGCCAUAGAGAUAAUUCAGUUGUGAAUCAACCUUCAUUUUAUUCAGGGCCAUUGAGGAAUGUACCAGGAUUGGCCCCAGUGUAUGAUGUGAAGUUGCCAGCUCCCUUGCCUGUCGCCAACCGAGCAGGUGGAAAGUAUACAGGAAAUAAAGUGGCCAGAACUGAACCAUGUGCUAAAUGCAAUGGGAAUUGUAGUGAGAACUGUGAGUUGUUUGGAGGUCAGGAUAUUGUGGAUUAUUCAAGUACUGAUACACCUAACGAGUUUGUCCGAGACAAUGUGGCGUGCUAUUCGGGGCUGCAUUCAGAACAAGCAGGGCCCACAACUCAGUACUGCACACAGUGGGCCACAAAUACAGGCUCUCAAACUGAAUAUUGCCGGCAGAAUAAUAAUGCUGCAAUGUGGGUGCACAAUUCACACAGUGCUAUUAGUGGAAAUAAUUUGGCUUCCAACUGCUGGAUAGACAAGAAGGAUUUAUUACCUGGAAAUUGCCUCUCACAGUAUACAACACAUCAUCCAGGUGCUACCCAGCAGAACACACGACCAAAGGACCCUCAGGAUUCCCUGAAACUACCAGAAAUGAGAGUUAAUGAUGUGUCUUGCAUGCAAGCACCACAAUUGAUAAAUGGUUAUCCAGAAAUAUUGCAUCAAGAGAAAGAAAAAGUGUAUAAUGGAAAUUUCUGCAACCAUGUUCCAGGUCGAAGAGUAGAUGAAACACAGAAUAAAAUAAAUGGACCAUACUUUAAGGAGAGGGAUAUAAUGCACUCCCAAGCUGUUCCUCAGUUUUCUCAUGUGAAACAAAUAAAACAUCAUGACUUUUCAUUGAAUGGUGCACCCAGCAUGCCUCAAGAGAGAGUGAUUUUUCAGGAAUCCCAGACAUUUACAUCAUCUAUUGGAAGCCAUCCCAUCUCUGUUUCAUCAUUUGCUCAACCUAAUGUUUUACAUCCAUAUAAUAAAAAUACCACAAAAUCGUGUUUUCAAAAUGUGGGAAAUGGUCAGCUUCAAGCACAAGAUGUAACAGCAAAUUCGUUUUCCGUAUGUAAAGUGACAGAGGCAUUUACAACAGGCAUUGCACAACCACCUUCAAGAUUUAGUUCUCAUCUUACUUACACUCAAAGUAGGAUAUCAAAAACUAAUAAUGACUUCAGUUAUUUUCAGGACUAUGAUAGCUCUACUCAUUUAGCAUCUAAUUCAGUCACAGCUAAUCCACCAAUACCUUCAGUAGCAAAUUCAUUAUCUCCAAAAAUGAAUCCUGCUAGUACUUCCACUUGUGUUUCAGAUUCUCAGCCUGCUUUUCCCAAUAGUGACGACAGCAAGAUUGUUGCAAAUACCAUACACCCUGCCACCAGAAAUGAACAUAGUUUUAAUGGAAAUGCAGAGUACAGUAUAUCAGAUUUACAGUCAUGUAAAAGGUUACAGGAAAACAGCAUAACUGGAAAACUAAUGCAAGUUAUUGAUGCCAGUGCUUCAAAUGUGAAUAUUGGAAUUAGAGACGUUUCAUCCAAUGAUCCAUCUAACAUAAUGAUUAAAAAUAUUUCAAGUUACAGUAGUGAGUACAAUAUUUAUUCUGGAAACAUUCCAUCUGGCUCAGGUACUGUCCCCUUCAACAAUUCUGCAGGAAAUGUUGACUUUCCUGGCACUCAGAUGCUGACAAACUUUGAUCCCUACAGCAAACAGUUCACACCUGGUCCAGUGCUGAAUCCAGGAGGUGGGCCUGAUGUGUUGAGUUCUUCUGGUCCUGUAGUUUCUUCAGUUGGUGAAUCAGAAGUUGCUGGGAGUAAUAAAGUAGUACAACCUGAUUUUGGUACAGAAAAGUUUUAUGAAUCUACUGCAAAUCCUCAGAUGAAGAGAAAUUUAUCGCAUGUUAGUGAUAUUAUGAAGUCAGAAUACAGAACAGCCCAUAGUGUGAAGCAGAAGUGUCAGAAAAUAGGACAGCUAGAUGUUCGGCAAUUUUUAGCAACAUGGGAUGAAGAGACAGAAGAUGUGGCAUCUCCGAGACUUCCAGAUGUGGUUUUGAGCAGUAAUGGUACACCACUCUUUGUUGUGGAGUGUGGAGGAGGAAAUUUGAGCGAAAUUUCUCCAGUUACCACCAGUUCAACUAAUGAAGAAACAGUUCAUAGAAGUGGAGUAAUUGUUUAUGAACACAUUCAGCCAGUAAAUACUGGUGACAAUGUUACAGAGCGUACACAUGUAGAUCAGUUGUCAAGCAGAAAUGCAGAUGGACUGCAAGUGAAUGCUACUGGUGAGUCAGGAGCUCUAGAAAAUAGUGAUUGUAUUUUGUUGAGAAGUAGCAUCAGUGAAACUGAGACUGUGCAGUCUGACCAAGACACUUCAGAAUUAAAUGUUGGUGCAAAGCGGCACAUAGAAAAAACCAUAGCACUAGCUCAUGGACAUGAAAAUAAGGAGGAAAAUAGUGUGUGUCUGAUAGAAAACAAGUUCUCAGAGGAUAAUACUGGAACUGCAUUGCAAAGCUCUGAUAGUAUAAACACUUCAACAAGAGAGACAUUAUCUCCUACCAUAUACAAUAAAAAACAAAGUUCAGAUACACAGGGUGUACACUCAGUAAGCAAAUGUUUGUUAGCCGAGAAAACAAGUAUUUCAACAACUGUUUUUGUUAAGAAUGAAGAAAAGCAAUCAUGUGAUGCUAAGCAAGGAACAUCUGUCAACUUCUUGCAGAAGACAGAUUCUGUCUCUCCAGAUAUUAAUUAUGAAGGAAAAAAUGUAUCUUGUGAACCACUAUGUGAAAACUUAAAAGAUUGGAACAAGGUAAAAAAGGAUGAGUCCAAUUUUCUUUUUGAAGCAUCUAAUGGAACUAAACAUUCUAGUGAUGAACUUAUGACAUUAUCAAGAAAUAAUAAUUUAGAAGACAUUGCUGUAGAUGCAUUUGAAGAACUAACUACUGGGAAAAAAGGCAAAAGCACCUUGAAAUGCAGAUACAGUUUUUCUAAUGCUUCUGCAAGGACUGACAUUCCUGAUGACAGUGAUGAUGAUGAUGAUUAUUAUUAUUAUUGCUCUGCUUCAAGGAACGAAAAAAAAUUACGUGAUAAAGUGUAUCCUUACAUCCCUUGUGAGUGGAAUUCAAAAGCAGAUGUAAAUGAGGCUACAGAUAAUAAAAAUGGUGCAGAAAGAUCACAAUUGUAUAUUGAAAAUAUCAGUAUCUGUAAUAUGGCAUCCGAGCAGAAUACAAGUCUAGAUAAAUGUACACAUGCAGAAAAUUUUGUAACACAGGGUUGUAUGGAACAAUGUGUGAAGGAAUCAGUUUUGGAAAUAAGGUGCCAAAAGCAGUGUCCAGUAAAUUGCAAAGCAAUUCAGUCUACUUUGGAAAUGAAGAACAAGGGGAUUAUGCAACAUUAUGAUGAAGUCGCACGUAAUGCAUGUCAGUUAACUACAACUACUAAGAGUGAUUUAAAUAUUCAUGUUAAAAGCAGUACAAAAUGUGAUUAUAAGACUGUCACACUAAGACACAAGAGAGAAUCAUGCGGUAGCUUCACAAGUUCUUCUAUGGCUACUGAUAAGUAUGAAAUCCUAGAAAGACACUUACCUGUUUGUAAUCAAUUUUGUGAACUGGAAAUGCAUAAAGGAGUUGGAAAAUUGCCUCCUAAAUGUAUGUCCAAUGAUAAGAGCUCCCUUGUAAGUUUUUCAGAUAAACGUGGUAUGGUGAACCAUAUGUGGCGAAGUUCAUGUACACCACCUGGAAACAUAGUGCCAGAUUCAAACAAGGUGGGAGUUGCACAUCUGUUUAAUAAAAGCAGUAAUAUUAUACCUGCAUCAACUGCUACAAUGAAUGAAGUUAUAUCUAUUUCUUGCAGAUGUUUAUUUUCAGAGCAGUCAAUUUCUGAGAGUGCUUUUACCAGAACUGGAACAAAAAGUUUUUUAUUGCCAGUUAAUUUGAUGUUAGAUAGAGCUACAAUGUGCUUAAUAAGGAGAAAACUGUUCUCUGCAAAAAACUUGAGGACACAUGAUCACUGUAUUACAGGCACAUUGGAUUCCAGUAAAAAGAGAUUCUUGACCAGUGACAAAACUCUCAGUAGAGAAGGUGUAUUUCAGAGAUCUGCAGAAUACUCCCAUCCCACACAACUGGGGAAUGAAAGAGCUCAUGGAAGUGGUCAGAUGAAUGCUAAAUUCAGUUUUGCUUCACAUGCUGCAAGAAGUUCACAAGCAGAAAUGUUUCAGUAUAAAAACAGAUAUGUUACCACUAUUUUUGGGGAUUCUGAUGAAAUUGGACUGAGCUUGUUUCUACAAUAUCCUCAGGUGGAUAACCAAGGCUAUUACAAGGGAAUUGUGGAAGCACUGAAAACACUUGUGGAACAGAGUGGCAAAGGAAGAGUAGGUUGUAGAAGGCUGUGCUUGAGACCUGCACUUUCAGAAAAUGGAGAAAAACCAGAAUACGAAAAUUUACCAGAAGUUUCAAAUUUACCUCUGUUGUUUAUCAAUUCAGAUGCUUUUCGAGAUGAGUGCAGCCAGGGACAGUCUGGUGUUUCACAGGAUUUAGAAAGCACAAGUAUUCUCUUUAAAAUAUCAGAAUCUUGUGUCAAUUUGUGGCUACAGCACUUGGGUUACAAUAAUUAUAGUCACUCACAUAAGGAUGUGGCUUCAAUCAAAUUUGAUCAUGCACCAGUAUUCAAAGAAUCCAUAGCAUGUACUCGUGAUGAGAAGGAUGUAUCCACAUUUGAGACAACCCGUUUCAGUAGGCGUGAUGUCAUUGACAACAAACUGUGGAAAAAUAUUGAUACAGUUGCUACAACCUGCACGGCCUCAACAACUAGAAGUAAAAUUUUGCUAAUACAGGAUCAAAUGUGUAACUCGGAAGGAAAUAGCUGUGUAAAUGACAAAAAUAUUGAUAGUAAACAUUCUCUUAAUGGAAAUGAUGACAAACUUUCUAUACUGUUCUCCAUUAAAAACAAUGUUUUUGGUGGUAAUUACCAAAAGAUUCUGAGCAAACAUUUAUUUAAAAGUUCACGUCGCCACAAAACAAACACAGGCUCCAAUUUUACAAUUAUUAAAAAAUUGAAAGAUGAUUCUACAAAACAGGAAGAUCAUUGUCAUAAUGAUAAAUCUGUCAACCAAGAAGGGUCUUUAACUCCUAGCAGACAGGUAAUCACUGAACUAUCUUCUCGUCAUCAGAAGCUGUUGCCACUAAAAUCAUUUUUUGGAGGAACUGAUGCAGACUGUCUAGCACCUGCUGCGUUUAUUCCGUACGAAGUAGAAGAAGAAAAUUCUAUAUUAAACAACGAAGACACCUGUAAUGGGAUCUCACAAAGUGAAAAAGGCAAGAACUGUCUUGUUACUGAAACAUCCUCUUACACUUCAUUUCUAGAAGACACAAUUUGUGGUGUUGUUGAAUCCGAGUUACCAUACAGCAAGAAUACAACCACAGAGAAGUGUCCAGUUCUUAUACAUAAUGAUGUUGAUGCCAUGAAUGAUAGAGAUUCUGCAGUAACACAAAAUUCCUCGUUGGCAUUAAAUGAAAUGUGUUCAGGCCCUGAACAACAAGUUUUAGGACUGUCUGCUCAGAAAACAAAUCAAGUGGGUUCGAAAACACAGAAUUCCAAUUUAGAACUAGCAGAUGAAUCAGAAGUAAUUAUUAGUAGCACAAGUACACUUGAAGAAGCCAAUACUGAGGUUGUUGACUGUAAUUUUAAUGACAAAGCAGAGUCAUUGUUCUUGUUUGAAGAUGAGUUGCCUUGUGUCGAAUCUUAUGUAGAAGCCGAUGAUGUCACAAUUGUAUCAGGAACACAUGAUGGUAUUCUGGAUGAAGAAAAUGACAUUGAUGUUCCUAGUGUUGUAUAUCCUGAAACUCAUGAAAAUGUGUUGCACUCUGAAGGAAAUAUUGGCACACACAUUUCGUCUGUGGAUGUGUGUUCUGAAUCCGAUGUCAUUACAACUGCAAUUAUUUCUGAUGAUGUUUGCAUGAAUUCAAACUGUGUUAUUGUUAGUGAGGAUGAAUCAUCAAGGCAAUCUCCUCAGAAUCUGUUGAUGGACAUAGUUCCCUGCAGCACUCAAGAAGAUACAGUGGAAUUUAGACAUUUUUCUACAGAAUGUACAGAUGAAUAUCAGAAUAGCACAGUAUCAAGUACGACACACAUUAAUGAACUAGCAGACUCAAACAGGUUAAAGACAAUGACCACCAUUUUACUCAAGGAGGACAGAGAGAAUCAGAAUAUCACUACCUCUGACAUGCAUGGUGAAUUUUCCUUUUUUGGAGAAGAAGUUGAUUAUUACAAUACGGGAGUGUUACAAGCUGACUCAGUUUCUGAUUGGCCUUAUUUGGAGGAAGAAGUUAUUUCAGAGCUUCAGAACUCAGAUGUAGAGCCGGAGGUUCCAUUAGGGAACACAACUUGUGAAAGAAAUUCAGGUAAAAACCAAUCUCUGGCUUGCUCUCCAACAACACUAAAUAAUCUAACUAUGAAGAAUGGUUUACAGUGCCAGAAUCUAGAUAUGGAAGAAAGUUCUGGCACAAGUAAAAGAAGUUCAGCAGAAGAAAAUUAUACACAGGCUAAUAAUGAACUUAUUGAUCUGAAAUGUAGGUUGAGCUGGGAUAAGAUAUUUGAUUUGUCUGGGAAAGACAAAUGCAGUGGUUACAAAAUGAAAAACAGGAUUAAAAAAACUGUAACCAAAAGCUGGCCUUACUACUGCAAAACUCAAAGUCGUUGGAAGUGGCCCAAAUCUAAGAACAAACUGUAUAGUAAAAUGAGUAAGAAACUGAAAGAAAUAAGUAUAUCAUCAGAAGUCAGAAAACAGAAAGAUGAUUUUAUGAGUGAAUGUUUGGAAAAAAAUUCUAAAAAAAUAAGUGCCACCUUAGAGUUUGACGAAGCAGAGACUAAUAUGCACAGAUCUUCACUUAAUUCCUCUUCAUUAAAACAAAACACGUGGCAUGUUACCCAUGGGAACAAUUCUAAUCCUUGUGGAUACAAGAGAGAGAAAAACAAUAAUUAUGUCAUCGAAUCUGUGGACAAUAAUUCAAAAUCUGACAUCUUAUCUAAUCCCAUUGUUUUAGUUCAGAGACUUAUACUGAAACGAAACAGAGAUCACCCUGGCCAUGGAGGAAAAACUAAAGUGGAUAAAAAGAAUCCUUUUUCAGGAUAUGUAUGUAAUGUCGAAGAGAGAGCUUCAUGUUCAAAUCUUUAUAAACGAGAAAUUUGUAAAUUGGACACAUUUGAUUCUAAAAACAGAAACAGCCGUGAUAUGUAUAGGCAUAGAGAUGAACAGAGUUUAAUUGAAAUAAGAGGAAAACAAGGGAACACAGAAGAUUCAUACAGUGGCAGCAUAUCCAAAUCUCAUGACAACAGUGACAAAACUUUUAAUAUGGUGAAAGCUGACAGUAUCAGUUCCAGAAAAAAGGCAAGUUAUUCUGUUGAAGUUCAACGUGUGAAGCACUCAAAAGAGGUAAGAAAGACAAAUGACAAAAGCAUAAAGAAAAAUUCAGAUGAGUGCAUCAAAGAACUACCUCGCGUUAUUAUCAAACGUUCACCAGAUGGGAGUACAAGAUACAAAAGCUUUCUCUGUCUGUCUGCAGCUACAGAAAAAUACUGGCAACCUGUAGUGAUGCUGAAGAGAGAUUCAAAUAUUGAAGAACUGGCCAAACGAAUGCAAAAACGUAAAUUUUCACCUCAUGUUGUAGAUGGAAGGUCACAAAGUAAUAUGAAUAUUCCCACAGGAAUUAAGGAAAAGGCCCACAAGAUUAAGUGUAAGGAUAAUAUGCAUGCUCCUGGUAAUAAGAAUAAUGGGAAUGAGCAUGAAUGGGGAGCUAUUGAUACUUCCAUUGCAAGCCAAAAGAAGAUUAUCAGAAGGAAGGAAAAGGGUGAUUUAAGUGAGCUUAAGAAUUCAAAACACAGUGAUACUAAUUCAUUAAGCAUCAGAUCCUGUGACUCAUUGCAUAACAUAAUUGAAGCAAACAAUUUUCCUGAUGAACAGAUUGAAUUACAGUCUGCUUUAGUUUGUGAUACAGUACCCUUAAAGAGUGGGAAGAAAUACAAAGGAAUGUUGAAACACGAUAAGAAUUUCACUGAAGAAAGGGGGAAAGAUUGCAGGAGAAUUGAGUCAGACUGUCAGGAGAUUUUGCCCAAUAUUGAAUUGCCACAAAGGAGGCAAAGUGUUGAAAUGUUUUCAGAUACUGAAGUGAAUAAAGCUUCAGUCUCAACUCCAGGUGAAUACAAUCAAAAGCAUUUUACCAGUAUGUGUGAGAGUAAGUAUAAUUAUCAUGAGUCUUCUCAUACAUCAAGUAAUGAAGAAAGACCCUCUGUGCAUUACAGCAGCUCAAGGGAUAAAAUACUCAGGAAGAAGUUUCAAGAACGGCAAAAAGUGGAAAAAAAUUCGAAGAAGAGGCAUUCUGAGUGGGCAGAUUCAAAGUCGGCAAUGAAGAAGCAAUGUUUUUGGGACUGUGAUUACACAAAGUCAGCAUCUAAAUCCAAGAAAAAAUGUCCAGAUAUUACUGUUUUUUCUAACAAAGAGCCUCAUUUUCCCGUCCACCACAGAGGUGAAAUGGCUACACCAAAUGCCCGGUGUUCAUUAAUUGAUCAACGAGUUUCAUUGCAGAAUGAUGAAUUAGAAGCUUGCAAAUCUAGUGGUGACUGUAACCGCAUGGGCCAAGAUGGUGGUAAAAUUGAUUGUCAGGCUUGUGGAAUAGAAUUAAAGAACUUUGCAGAGCGGAGUUCCCACAUCAGGCAGCACCCAUAUCACUGUCAGCGCUGUCAUCUAGCAUUCAGAUCAGAGGGGGAUUUUGUUAAUCACUUGUCACUGGAACAUCCACAGACAAAAGAGCAGCAUCAUUGCCUUCUUUGUGAGAAGAGCUUUACUACUUCAGAUAAACAUCAGAUGCACUUGCAAGGAAGAUUCCAUCGCUAUGUAGAAUUAACUCAGCGAAGAACUAUUCAUACUGUUUUUACACUAUUGACGGGCAGAGCAUGCCCUGGACUUCCAUCUCUCACUGAUGCCGAGAUGGAAGGUCUUGGUUGGUUUCCAUCAGAACCUGGAACUGUACAUUUCUAUCACCAAGCUACACCAUUGCAGAUGGCUGUCCAGGGUUGGCUUAACUGCCAGAGAAAUAAAUCUGAAUGUGGAAUUGUAGAAGAAAACAAGAAGUCAGAAUUGAAGGAUCCUUCACCAUAAGGAAGAGAGACAGAAUGCACUUUGUGAAUUAUUUGAAACUGAAGCCGUUGUAAGUAAUUAGAUGUGAUAAUGCCAGGUAUAACUUUUUUAAGUGCAAUUUUAUGCUAUGGUCUGCUUGGAGACCAUUACUCUAUACAUCUCAGAUAUUGUCAUGUGUUAUCUCCAUAUUUUUACUUGUGGAGAACUGGACCAAAGUUAUGUGCUCAAUAUUGGGACCACCAGUCUGAGUUAUUUCUAACAUUUAAGACAGUUACUGAACGUAUAUAUAUUCUGUAAUGUUCAAAUUUAUUUUUGUACAUAAUAUAAAUUAGUUGUAUGAAACAUCAGAAAAUUAUAGAUUUUAGAGUACAAGAAAAGAAAGUAUCAGGUGUUUCAUAUCAUAUUUUAAGAGUAAAACAGAUAAGAAAGUAGUUGUAGACACCAUUGUGCUUUAAAUACUAUAAUAAGUGUUUUAAACCAAAGAUUAUUGCUAUGUUGAAGGAAUCUCACAUGACAGUUUUUGUGAAUGGCAGUAGGGUACUGCUUUGAUGGAUUUACUUCACACUUUAUGUACUUCUAAAUUGAUUCAUUUUCUUCUUCUUUCAUGUAUCAUUUUGUACAGAUUUUCUGUAUGAAAUUUCAGCAUGUUGAGUGUUAAUGUUCUUAACCUCUGGCUCCUUUCUCAUUUGCCUGAGAAUGGGAGUGGGAACAAGGCAAUAACAAUUUGGAACAAUGUGGGGGAGAGGAUAAAUGUCAGAAUGAGUGGUAUAUCUUUUUCUCCUUCAUAGUUCAUUUAAUGAUUCAUUACAUAUAAGAUACCUCCCAUAUAAUGGUUCAGAAUUUAUUUAUUUACAAGUGUACCUAUUGUUUGCAAGAAUAUGCAUUCAGAACUGAAAGCAUACAGUUAGGUAUGCCAACCUGUGCCUGAUAAUAUUGGUAAAGCUUCCUGUACACCCUCUACACAGUAUCCAAUACGGAAAAUACAGUUUUGUUACUCAGCUUGCUUUAGCUGUCAAGAGUUCAGACAACUUACAUAUCACAGGUUUCAGAUGUUAGUCUUGCCAAAGAAACAUAACCACAUUCAAAGUGGAAAGACACCCAGAACUUCAUUCUCUGGUUACUAGUGCUAGUGUGUGUGUGUGUGUGUGUGUGUGUGUGUGUGUGUGUGUGUGUGUGUGUGUGUGUGUGUGUGUGUGCGUGUGCGUGUGCGCGCGCGUGCGUGCGUGCCAUGAAAGUAUUCCAUAUUAUAUCCAUAAUGAUCUCCAACCUUCUCUUUUUUCAUACAGCCCCGCAAAUAAGUAACACUGUGUCAUUGGUUUUUCAUGGUGUAGUUAUCAAUUAAAGAUCUCAACUUUAAUAACUAACUUUUUAUUAUAUGCAGUUUGAAGUGUGAUACUGAAUUUUAACACACUGACCACAAGUUUCACAGAAUUGCUGUUAAGUAGAUAGCACACUGAUUUUGCUAGUCACUUUCAGCUAAUUGGAAGAAAUCUUUGGAACACCUGAUAUUUUCUAAAUCAUUACUAAUGCCUUAAUCACUGUUAACGAGGAAAGUUCCUAUGUAUACCUGGUGAUACUUGGACACUACAGUAGGGAGGUUCAGGGUUCUGUUUUCACGUUGUACAUAUAUUUUUUUUUCCUCUUUGGCCAGUAAGGGUAUGGUGGUCUAUGAAGUACAAAUGGUGGUUUGUCACCAAUAAAUAAAAUAUUUAACAUGUUAUAUGUAUAUCAGCUUCUGUGCAAAACAGAUAUUACUAGUUACCAUGUGUGUUAAGUUUACGGAUAUAUAAUUGUUACAUUUUCUGUGUUAGAUUCUUAAUUUUGUUUAUUAUAUUGUUGGAUUCUAUUUUAUCUUAAUUUGAAAAAGAAACCCAUCUUUACUGAAUCUGAUGCUUCAUUAAAAAUGAGAUUUUAGUCUUAGUAUAGUAAUCUGUUGCUGGUUAUUUACUUGUACAAAAAACUGACAUUCCAUCACGUUUUGAUUUUCAAAUUACACUGUAGCUUAUUUGGUACACAAAGCCAUCACUUGGAAGUGUUGUAGUGUUCACACUGAUUUCCAAAUCAGUGCUUGCUGUACUUCAGUUUUAAUGUGGCAUGACAAAUGCCUCUUCUGAGCAGCAGAAACUUUUAAUACAAUAUGCUAGUAAUAUUUGUAAAAUCAUAGUUCAUUUUAAUUGCUCACAGUCCUUUUAUUACUACAUUUGGUUGAGUGACUCUAUAUAUAUAUUUAAAGGAGGACCAUGUAGAGCUUUUCAAUGGGGAAUAAAAACAUCUUCAGUAAGGAUGGGUGAAAGCCAUAGUUGUAAUUUUUGUUCUGUAGAAAAGGAGAAACAUUUCCUGAAGAAUUGUAUUGCACAUUAGUGUGCAAUAUCUAUAGUAAGGAAGAAGCAUUCCUAAAGCCAUUAACAGUAACACACUUUUUAAAAGCAGAAAGACCAAAAAGGGUAGUGAUAGUUGUCUGAAUGUGUCAUGAUUACAUGCAAUGAUUUGAAACUGUGCUAGGGAAGUGUUAGGUUGUUAUCUUUUUGUGUGAGGAAAGCAUUUUUUUUUUAAGGGAUUUGACAAGAAUGGUACGAGUAUCUAGAGUACAAAACCUCUGCAAAUUAUACAGUCACAGCAAUGGGUUCCUUAUAGGUCUGCAUGUUUAAGAAUUACUUUACCAACAUACUUUUUAAUUUCCUUAAACUGUUGUCAUAGACGCUUAAAGAAAAAUUAAACUCUUUUCAUUUGCAUGCAAGAAGCAUUACAGCUCACAUCACUUUUUAAAAUUAUGUAAUAGAGAAUUAUACUUAAGCUAACAAAAAGAGAAUGCAGCAUAUUGAUUUAUUAGGAUUGUGUAACUUGAAAAGUAUGCCCUGCUGUUAAUAUUGAAUCUGAAAUUUUAAAUACCAUUAUUUUGUUAGCGGAAGUAAAAGACAAUCUAUUUGUUCAUAUGAUUGUCAGUCACCCAUAAUUUACUCAGAAUUUUGUUUCAUCUUUUUUAAAAAAAAGUAAAGUGCUCAGGAAAUUGUCUAAACUUUCCCCAAGCAUUCCGUGUAGCUCAUUUUCGUAGAUAUUUCCAACAUUGUUACUUUUUGCAAUAAUUACAUGCUUAGUUAAUAUCAACUGUCUUUUCAGUGGUCCCCACCCUUUGUGUUGUGUAUAUUACCUGCCAUUUCACAGUGUGUUUCUCAAAACUGACGUAGUACUUACGUGGCUCUUGGGAAUUCUUUUUCCCUAUUAAAUGCAGUACAGUUCCAAGCAUUUAUUAUAAUAGUGAAUGUGUAUAAUUUUGUUUAAGAUGAUUGCAAAACUUUUGUUUGAAUGCAUGCUAUACUUUGUAUGCAUUACAUUAACAGUGACAUGUCAGACAUUCACGUCUACUGAGAGUGAAGAACAAAUUAGUAAUUACAGAACAGAAUGAGUUGCAUGCUGUUUCUUCCCACCUGUAAUAGUUUGGGGGGCUGUCAGCAAUUUUUAUUUUUGGGAAGAUCAAACCUAAUAAUAUGCAGUAUAAAAAUUCAUCAUGUCAUGUCAAGUGUAAAGAGUACAUUACAGCAGCUUUGAAGAAAUGCGAUUUGUAUUUUUUUUCUUUGAAACUUGGAUACUGUCCAAAUUAUAACGAUGUAACUGACAAAUUUUAAAUGGGUCAAUCAGUUUAAAAACCUUACCACAGUCUAAAUUUUUUCAUGCAAUUGUAGCAUUCCAUCAGUCAGUAUAUAUUCAUGUGUGUAUCAUUUUCUGAUGUGGAAUGUAAAUAUAAAUGAUAUGUCACAUUGUCUUAUCACACGAUUGUGUUUUAGUUGUUAGUUUGUGAUCACUGUUCAGAGCACUCGCUGUGUUUUUGUACUUACCUGUGGAAUUAUAUUGUGAUUAAGGAGUGUGUUGUGCCUAAUAUAUUGUUUAUCUGAAUAUAUGGAAGAUUUUAUGACUGUUGCAAUGUCAAUGAAAAUGUGGGUAUUUAUGAAGGGUAUUUAAAACGUUUGAAAUAGUUUUAUCACGUGUGUUGUUUGAUAUGCAAACUUGCAAAGUUAUUGUUGGAGUGUUUCAACUAUGCAUUUUUAAUAUGGCAGAUUAAUGUUAUCCUUAUACACCAAAUGUACACAUUUCAGUGAAAUAAAUUGUUGUAGAAAUCUUUGUCUAAAAA